AACAUACACAGAGACUCAACACGCCUGUGCGAAGAGUUCCACCAUCUAUCUGAACCACCACCAUCUAGAUUACUAUUCCGGUAACCGACCGAUGAAACGUGGAACAGUAUCGUUUCGACUGACGUACGUGAAACAACUCGUGGUGGUGAUCCGUCGUAAAAUUAGUUAACCAACUUGAGAAAAAAACGUUCGUCAUGUUACGACUGUUGGGAAAAUUACAGUACUCACGAUGCUUUUCCACCGCGGCUAUCCCAGCGCCCGAGAAAAAUCCAUCGAUUCUAUAUGCCGGAAUUUUCAUCGACAACGAGUGGCACCGAUCAAAAUCAGGAAAAACGUUUCCCACGAUAAAUCCUGCGACCGGCGAAACGAUCGCCGAGGUCCAGGAAGGUGACGCCGCGGAUAUAAAUGUAGCCGUGGAAGCAGCGAACGCAGCGUUCAGAUUGGGCUCGCCAUGGAGAACCAUGGAUGCUUCUAAACGCGGUGUACUUUUGCAUAGGUUGGCCGAUUUGAUAGAACAGAAUCAUUCCUAUUUGGCGUCGUUGGAAACGCUCGACAAUGGUAAACCUUAUUCCGUGUCGUACGGGUUCGAUAUACCCGCGAGCGCAGCGACCCUCAGAUAUUACGCUGGUUUGGCCGACAAAAACCAUGGUCAAGUAAUUCCUAUGGACGGACAAUACUUGGCUUAUACGCGCCACGAACCAGUCGGCGUUUGCGGCCAAAUUAUUCCCUGGAAUUUUCCCCUUUUAAUGAUGGCUUGGAAAUUGGGACCUGCUUUAGCUACAGGAAACGUUGUGAUACUAAAGCCCGCGGAGCAGACGCCAUUAACGGCUUUAUACAUGGCCCAAUUAACGAAGGAAGCUGGAUUUCCUAGCGGAGUGGUUAACGUCGUUCCCGGUUUCGGUAAAGCCGGAGCUGCGUUAGUCGCGCACGACAGAGUUGACAAAAUAGCAUUUACCGGUUCGACCGAGAUUGGACAGCUGAUAAAACAGGGCGCCGCGACGAGCAACUUGAAGAGGACCACGUUAGAACUUGGUGGAAAAUCUCCAAACAUAAUCUUUAAGGACGCUGACCUCAACCACGCUGUGGAAACGGCUCACUUUGGUCUAUUCUUCAACAUGGGUCAAUGUUGCUGUGCCGGAUCCAGAACUUUCGUCGAAGACAGUAUUUAUGAUGAAUUUGUCGAGAAAAGUGCCGCGCGCGCCAAGUCUCGAGUCGUCGGUGAUCCGUUUGAUUCGAACGUGGAGCAAGGACCACAGAUCGACCAGGACCAAGCGGAUAAAAUUCUAUCUAUGAUAAAGAAAGGUAAAGAUCAGGGAGCGGAGCUAGUUUCGGGUGGUUCGCGCGUCGGUGAUAAGGGCUACUUUAUUGCACCGACCGUGUUUGCCAACGUUACGGACGAUAUGACCAUUGCCAGGGAAGAGAUCUUUGGACCGGUUCAACAAAUUUUGAAAUUCAACAGUCUAAACGAAGUAAUUAAUCGAGCAAACAAUUCUGAUUAUGGAUUGGCGGCAGCCGUUUUCACAAAGGACAUCGACAAGGCGAAUUACAUAGUUCAGGGACUUCGAGCAGGCACUGUUUGGGUUAAUACGUAUAACGCUCUAGCGCCUCAAGUGCCAUUCGGUGGUUAUAAAAUGUCAGGACACGGAAGAGAGCUCGGUGAAUACGGUCUCCAAGCGUACACCGAAGUAAAGAGCGUAAUAAUUAAAGUGAAUCAAAAAAAUAGUUAAUCUAAUUUCGUUUAAUUUUGAAUUUUAUGAAACUUUGUACAGUUUUUUGCAUAAUUUUUUUUACAGUAUACUAUUUUUAAUGUAAAGAGAAAAUGAUCGUCUGAUUUAUGUACAUCUUUUGUAUUUCGAAAAAUAGUUCCUAACGUCGAUUGCGCAAACAAGUAUUUUUGUAUCGGCUUUCACGUCGAAAACAAGAAAGAAAACUAUCGAUAUAAGAUCGAAACUUAUCGCACACUAUCGAAUCGUUAACGUAUCGUUAACGUGUAAAAUUAAUAAACAAUUUAAUCUCAUUAGUAUUCAGCUACCCAGAGAAUAAUUUACAUUUUCAACUUUUACAAAAUAUAUGAAAUAAUGUUGUACUACAUAAUGAUAUAUAUACAUGUAUUGUAA